AUGAUCGACGGCCAGCAAGGUAACGGUUCACGAAAGAACCGAUCGAUCGAAGAUUCCGACGUAGAUUGGACAGUUUUCGUUUCGUACGUGAAGUAGGGUUCGAGUUGCUCCCUCUCAGCUCUGUCUCAGCGCCGCCCUGGCGACUUGAAACAAUUUUGACCUCGAUUUUGAUCCAAGUUGAUUAGCUGACGCUGUGCGCUCGAGGCGACUCGCUGGCGCCGCGGCUGGCCCGCGCCGUGAGGCUUUCCGCGCAGGCCGCAAACAGAAGGGAAGAAAUGUGGGUGAGAGUCUCGGCUGUCUCGGCGCAAGUCGGCGCAAGCAGGCGCAAGCAGGCGCAAGCUGAAGUUACCAGGAGAGACGUUCGAGCUCACGCUCAAGCUUCGAGUUCACGCACCGCACCACAACACAGAAACAUGUCGACUUAUUUGGAAACGGUCAAGAGGGUACGAUACUCGUUCACUUCAAUUUCAAUGCGUUCAUGCUGACGAACUGCCUACUCCAUCUGUACCACAUGUUCCCCGUACGCAUGUGUGACGACCGUCUCCGAACACGUCUCUCCACACGUCUAUUUCACAACCUCUUGAACCGCUGGUAUUUCACCGCACCAUCAGUCCUUCGUCGACGUCCCGACCCAACCGGGAGUCGACACUGUCGCCUUCUUGGAAGCCACAGAAGGAUUGAUCAAGAUGUUCGGUACGUCGACCGUUGGACGGCGUACGAGCUUUCACACGCGACCCGACGUGUCACUUUGCGCAAACGAGCGCGGGGGGAGAGAGCACGAACUAAUGGACGCUGAUCGUGGUAUCUUUGAUGCAAUUGGGCAGAUCUCUUGGGAAAUUCGGCGUUCGUCGUUGUGCAGAACGACAUGAAUGGUAACGUCAAGGUCAGUCUCAGCUCGGAAUCCGACGCGGACCCAAGAACUCGGAUCCGGGCUUGAGCUCAAACUCGGACUCAAGAAAAUACUCAUCCCUAUAUCUUCCAUGUAUGCUUCUCAGAAAAUUCGAACGCGAUACGAGGCCUUCCCCGAGCAAUUCAAGACGUUGGAGGACUUGGUCAAGCACGAAUCGACCGAGAAGAAGCGCACGGCCACCGAGGGGCUCUUGUGGCUGUUGCGGUCAGUACUACCGCCUUAAUCGAGGACUAUCGAGAUCAAGAGUUGACGUCACACUGAGAUCUCGUUCACAGCGGCCUCAAGUUCACGCAGAUCGCCCUGUCGCGCUCGCAAGCCAACAAGACAGAAGAAUUGAACGUCUCGUUUGACGCCGCCUACACCAACACGCUCAAGCCGUACCACUCGUUCGUCGUCAAGCCCGUCUUUGUCGUACGUAUGGGUUACAGUUCUGAUGAUCGGAGGGGCUGAAUCGAAGAGAGCUGACUGGGACCGUUUCGGAUUCUUCGCGCUCGCAGUUGGCGAUGAAGGCCUGCCCCUACCGCAAAGUGCGUCGGCCCCACGUCCGCGCGGCCAAAAGCCAGCGGAAACUUUCCACAAAACUGAUCUUGGAGGUGACGGGUCUCUCACACAGGACUUCUACGCCAAGCUCGGCCCCCCCGGAUCGGACGUCGAUGGGCAAUUGCAGGCGUGGCUCAACGCGUUGGAGAAGGUUAUUACUCAGCUCGAGGCGUUUUAUGCUGCUGGCAAUUAGUGCGUUUUCGAGAGCUGGGGCUGUAUUUCGAUGGAGUGUUGUGACUUGAACUGAUUCUUAUCUCCGGGUUUGCGUCUUCAGCGCCAAGGGGAUGUAG